CUCCCCGUGUGGCGUCGCCUCGGCAUGGCGGACACGCUAGAGCCCAUCGUCAUCCCUCCCAUGGUGGUGGAGAAGCACUUCACGUGCUCGGGCUCGGGACUCCGCUUCGAGGAGCAGGAACGUGUCUCCGCUGACAGUCUUCGUUCCCUGCUGCUCCCGAGUGCCGGAAGGAACGGUAUAGGUGACCGGGAUAGGCCUAAAGCUUGGUGGGGUGCACAGACCUUGUUCUACGGAAUGAAAUACACGAAGACGAUGACGAUCGCUCAACUCCGGGCGCAGCUGGAGGACGCAUUGCGCGACAAGAGAAAUGCGCUACAUGUCCCGCAGAGCCUCCUCGAUCUGGAGUACCAGUCCAACAAAGAGUUUCGCGAGCUGAAUGCCCAGGUGCGAGACAAGGCGGGCAUGAGUGCGGGUGCUGGCGCAGGUGCAGGCGGAAAGCGGAAGAGGGCGACCACAGAUGAAUCUGGCGCCACGGAAAAGACGACCAAGUCAGCAGCUUCUCAGAAGAAACCUCGCUUACAGAAGGCAGAAGCUGUCCCGGUUCCUAAGACAAAACCACGUACCAAACAGACGGCAAAGAAGUCGACGAUGGACGUCGUUCCUGCCCCGUCUUCGUCCAAACCUGCGCCAAAGCAAACGGCUGCGAAUUCAACGUCAGCGUACGAUAUUGAAGGGUUCGAACCCAUGGACGUGGACGUCGAGCCAGUGGUCCAGCAAACGAAGCAGACGGCGCGGAAGUCGACCGGCGGUCGUCCUCCUGCGCUGCAUCCAUCCCGGUCGCGCAACACCAAGCGCCAGCCGCGCGCGGACAGUGUGUCAGGUCGCUGGUCCAUCCGCUGCCCGUUCAUCACCGAGAGCUGGGGCCAUGACGAUCUCUCAGCCAACAUCGUGCAAACCGGCGCGUCGUUGCUUGGCGAAUUCGACUUGGGCGUCAUCCGCGGGCUGAUUCGAUCUGACCGCGUCGAGCCACGGGGCGCGAAUGGUGCGUAUGUCGCGUUGUUCUGGGCCGGGGAAACGGGAGAAGGAUACGAUGGGGAAAUCAGUCCGCCGAAUCCCAGCCGCAGCGGGUAUAUCAAGUUCACGGGUGAUCACUUGAAGGGCCAGAUAAACUCGGUUCCCGCGUGUGGGGACAGUUUGGAGUUUGACGGCCGGUGGGUCGGCCCGGCGGAUAGGAUCACGUCGAGUUGGGGUGAUUACAGCCAGGAAGCUUAUGAGAGAGCCAAUCGCAGUCGGUGGGGAAAUAGAUGGUGACACUGAUCGAUGGAUGCGAAUUCGAGAUUCUGCAGAGCGGACAUAGACGAUGGAGUCGCAAUCAGACUAGAGCUCGGAGCAGCGAUUUCAUCAUCAGGGCGACCUACUCAGAUUCAGAAUGCACCCAUCAACGUCGCGCACGCGAGCCUCUGUCAAGGCUGCUCCUGAUUUCAACUCGCUUCGAGAUGGAGCAAAACUCAGAGUCAUGGAGGGGAAGAUCGAGUAUUUCUGGUCUGCAAAUGAGACUGAAGGUCAAAUGAGACGACGGCCGCGAUUCACAGCGUCACAUUCUGUGCAUGCUGUCAUGUACAUAUUACUUACCAGUACAUACAAGAUGUAGAUAGUAAUACAAUAAAUGUUACUUAGAUCUACAACAGAUGAUUCCCCCGAAUACAAAAUCAGGCAGCCGUGCCAGGCCGAGAGUGCCCCCGCCGACUUCGACUUCUGUGAUCAGAUUCAUCCUCUUCCGAUUCCGAUUCACUGCUAGUGAGGGUGUCGCUGUCUUCGUCGCGGACCGAAUGGACGGUAGGCCGAUGCGAGGUCCUUCUCGAUGUGCGCUGCUGCUCGUCCAGUGUCCGCUGGAGCGCCUCUUGGUUUCUGUGCUCCUCGGCCGUCAUCUGGUACCGCCGGACACAGACAAGCUCAAAAGUGCAGGGCAUCACUUCCCCGCAGAUUUGCUUCACCAGGCGCUCGUUGUCGCGUAUCCCCCCGUACAUCGUGAACUCGCACAGCCAAUCCAGGUGCAGCAGGCCCUGAUUCAGCUGUCCCCCGGGAACUCCGAUGGCGCGAGACCGGUUGUGCCGAUACGCGUUAUUGAUUUGCGUCUGCUUCGCUCUUGAUGCUGCUUUUUCGUACUCGGCCUGCGGGAUCAUGGAAGACAUGUCCCGAGCCAUCUGGUCGAUGACGUCCCCGCAGGUGACGCCGAUCUCACGAUUGCGCGCACUAAUGUUGAUAGGCCAGGGGAAAGUCUCCGAGAUGAGACGCAGAGAUGUCACUCGAGGAAACGUCGCUGGCUGGCCUCGGUCUUUGGCCCAUGACAUGUGGGGCGGAUCGUCCGAGCGCUGGCAUUGGCCCGAGGCAAAGAGCAUGUUCCAUUUCAGGUAAACUCGGUCCGUGCUCUCUUGUGGCGGCUGAAGCAGCGGAUUCACGACGGGAUGUGCUUUAACAGCACGGACGAGGAAUGGCUCCAGCACGGGUCCAUCUGAGGAUUCCAUGAGUAUGAGCCAGGAUCAUUUAGGUACUGUUGACACACAAUGCGGCCCUUCCAUGAAGUGAUCGAUCUGAUCUCCACCUUGCGGUUCCAUGCCCCGCGAAUAAGGAUGCGAUUCACCUGGUGAAAAACCCAGACCAGGCGCUCCAGGACCCGCCAUCGGAUACCCUCCCGGCAGCCCAGCCAUGGGAGGGCCCAUCCCGGAAAACAUACCUGGAUGCAUCGUCGCAGGAACGCCGUUCCACAUGGGCAUGUGAGCUCCCCAGGGAUUCAUCCCUGGUGGCGGCCCCGCCCACGGUGGAGCGGCGGGUGGAGCGGGAGGCGUGUUCGCCCACGACUGGGGUGCCGGAGGCGGAGGCACAACACCGCCCCCAUAAGGACCGGGAGGAAUGAAAGCACCAGCGGGCGGAUAGGGCGACGCUAAUCCGGGUUGAACCGCGGGCCAGGGCGUUCCACCGGGCCCACCGACGCCACUGCCCCACGACAUUGCGAAUCCACCACCACCAGGGAGGCCACCUCCCAUGCCCAUGCCCAUCCCUGUGCCGGGCGUCGGGGGGAAAUAGCCCCCCGCAAGGGCACCGCCCGUAUGUGCUCCGGCGUUGAAUGGGAUGUAUGGUGUGGACCCUGGCUGUGCCGUGUACGGGGAGUUGGGGUAGCCAGGGUAGAACGCCGCGCCUUGCGGGUUCACAGCCCACGAAGGGUACUGCGUGUUGGGACCGGCUGGUGGAGGUACCGGGAUUGGAGGUGCCGUCGGAGGUGUCGGAUGCGGUGACUGCAGAGGCGGAAUGAAGGGAGUGACGUUCGGACGAUGUUCUGGUGGGGACGCGUCCAUGAUGAAAGAGCUUUAAAUCGCAGUUGCGAGUACUAAGGGCAACGCGUUCAGUAGUGGGUGAGGUAAUGAGCGCGUGCUGUGCGGAUGUUCGGUAUCACUGAUCAGCAACACGCAAUCCAGGAACGAAGGCUGCCGCACUGCGAAUGCUGGGUAUUUCCACUGUGCAGAUCAGAAAAUAGAGAUAUCGGCCCUUGCUGAGAAUCUUCCAGUUCCCUCUCGAUCCGGUAUACAGCGAAGCGACAGUCUGAACCGUCUGAUCCUUAAAUUCCGAGAAAAAACCCGAUUGAGACGAUACCCAGAUUCCGAUCGGCGGAAUGGAUAGUGUGCCGGCGUGAAGUCGUGAAGAGGGUAAAAAGAGAUGUGCACAGGCAGUAAGCGCCGCAAAGACGCACGCAGGUGGAACAAGGCACAGCGGCCGCACUUGUGUGGUCGUGUUGCUGCUGCCAUCUCCCGGUCUGCGGGAACCCAAAAGCGGCCUCCGCGGAUGCAAAACAUCGACGAUCGGAGGCACGCUGAACUCGAACCCAU